GUAUCGCCUCACACUGAUCAGUGUGGCCAUCAUCAAAAAGUGUACGAACAAAGGCUGGGGAUGUCCCUGGUGAUGCAGUGAGCGAGACUCUGCCUCCAGUGUAGAGGGGACCAUACAGGUCCCCAAGGACACGCAGCGUUCGGGUGUCUCUGCCUCCUCAGUGGGCUGUGCGUGAAGCGUUGUGUCCCUUGGUGGCAGCUGCGGUGACUGCCAGAGCUUCUCUUCCACCAUUCCUGUUUCAAGGCUGCAAAGAUGAGGGUGACCGUCCCCAGGAACCCCAGGACUGUGGCUGGAGUGGCGAUGGCUGUGUUCCUGGCGCUGAGGAUCCCUGGGGCUCACUGCAGAGAUGCUCCGAAGAAUUUCGUGUACCAGUUUAAAGGCAUGUGCUACUUCACCAAUGGGACGGAGCGUGUGAGGCUUGUAGCCAGACAGAUCUAUAACAAGGAAGAAAUUCUGCACUUUGACAGUGACCUGGGCAAGUUUGUGGCUGUUACAGAGCUGGGCCGGGUGUGUGCUGAGACCUGGAACACCCAGAAGGACCUCCUGGCAGAGUUUCGGGCCUAUGUGGAGACGCUGUGUAGACACAACUACAAGGAGACGGCCAGCUUCACCGUCCAGCGGAGAGUGGAGCCUACAGUGACUGUCUCUCCAGCCAGUACAGAAGCCCUGAACCACCAUAAUCUGCUGGUCUGUUCAGUGACAAAUUUCUAUCCUCGCCAAGUUAAAGUCAAAUGGUUCCGGAAUCAACAGGAGGAGACAGCGGGAGUUGGGUUCACACCUCUUACUCAGAAUGGGGAUUGGACCUACCAGAUUCACGUGAUGCUAGAGACAAUACCGCAGCUUGGAGAUGUCUACGUGUGCCUCGUGGACCACCCCAGCCUCCAGAGCCCCAUCACAGUAGAAUGGCGGGCACAGUCUGAAUCUGCCCAGAGCAAGAUGCGGAGCGGAAUUGGAGGUUUUGUGCUGGGGCUGAUCUUCCUUGGUGUGGGCCUUUUUGUCCACUUUUGGGAUAAGAGAGGUGAAUGAGUUUUUGUUUCCCUUCCUUUUCAUUCUUCUGAUGCCAGCCGAUCCUGAGGCUCCAUCCACAGGGUUCCUGCACUGACCCCAGCGUUCUUCUUCCUGGGAUCUGUCAUGACCCUUUCCUGAUCUUGUCCUGCUGUUCCUCUCCGUGGUUCCUGCCUCCCUUCUCUCAGGAACUGUGAAUAAGCCAGCUCUGCCCGCAUCAUCCAUCAGAACCUGACUCCCGGUGACCCAGAAGCAGUUGUCACAUCCUCUUUUUGUUUCGAUUUUUUCCUGAAUUUCUGCCCAUGACUCAGCUUUCCUCAUUGGCUCUCUGAGCCGCCCGCUGAGUCUGUUUGAACCAUAAAUGCCCUCAACAGGCAUUUCUGAUCUCGUUCUCUUUUGAAGACUGCCCGUGA